CAAGGAAGAGCUCACAUUCAGGCAGGUCGGUGUGAGUGUUCACUUGCCCAGAUUGAGACAGACAGAGAAGGAUUUCACCCAGUCGCUGGGUUUCCCAACACGGAUAUGGACGUCCCGGAUUCUCCUCAUGGGAAAAUGGGGCUGUUGAGGACCUUUGAUUGCUCUGAGUUUGGCUGCUGGGAGAAAAUAGGCUCAGGUGGAUUUGGACAAGUAUACAAAGUCCGGCACGUACAGUGGAAAACAUGGCUGGCUAUCAAGUGCCCUCCCUGCCUUCAUGUGGAUGACAAGGAGCGCUCCGAGCUGCUAGAGGAAGCUAAGAAGAUGGAGGCCGCGAAGUUCAGAUACAUCCUGCCUGUGUAUGGGAUCUGUGAGGACCCUCAGGGCCUGGUCAUGGAGUACAUGGAGACCGGCUCUCUGGAGACUCUGCUGGCCACAGAGCCGCUGCCCUGGGAGCUUCGCUUCCGCAUCAUCCAUGAGACCGCCGUAGGGAUGAACUUCCUACACUGCAUGAACCCUCCGCUGCUCCACCUGGACCUGAAGCCGGCCAACAUCCUGCUGGACGCUCACUACCACGUCAAGAUUUCUGAUUUCGGCCUGGCCCGCUGGAACGGUCUGUCACGGGCUGAUGACAUUAGCAGAGACGGCUUCUGUGGCACCAUCGCCUACCUGCCACCUGAGAGCAUCAUCGAGAAGGACCGAGUGUCAGACACCAAGCAUGAUGUCUACAGUUUCUCCAUUGUCAUCUGGGGCAUCCUGACGCAGAAGAAACCAUACCAAGGAGAGAAUAACAUCCUCCAGAUCAUGGUGAAGGUGGUGAAGGGGGUCCGUCCAGAUCUAGGAGCAGUGCCUCGUUCUCGACCCUCAGCCUGUGCCGGUUUUCUGAGCCUCAUGCAGCGCUGCUGGGCCACCAAACCUGAAGCCAGACCCAGCUUCCAGGAAAUCACAUCUGAAGCUGAGGAACUCUGCUCUAAACCUCAAGAAGAGCCCAAGACACCGACUUUAUCCACGUCUGAGCCGGAGCCGACGUCUCCUAAAGAACUCACAAGUGACCAGGUUAAAGACAACAAGCCUGUGCGUCCAAAGUCAGCCAUGCUGCCAGAAAAAGACUACAGCCUGUCUGAGCUGCUGAGCCAGGUGGAUUCUGGGAUUUCUAGGAGUUUUGAUCGGGUGAAAGAGGAAAGCUGCCACAGCAAAGAAAACACCUGCAAGAGACUGUCGGGUAUCUCUUCAGCUGAUUCAGCGUUCUCCUCCCAAGACUCCAUCACGCUGUCAUUUGAGAAAGAAAACACAUAUGAUUCUGCUGAAGUCCAGAAGCGGAAACUGUGUGAGGCGAUCCGGACCAAAGACACAGCCAAGCUGAUGAAGAUCCUCCAACCUCAAGAUGUCGAUCUUCUCCUGGAGGGUGGAGGAAGCCUGCUCCACCACGCCAUCACUUUGUCAAAUGAAGAGGCUGUCAAGUUCCUCCUCCUGAACAACGCUAAUCCCAACCUUCCCAACACCCGUGGCUCCACCCCACUGCACCUGGCCACGGAGCGACACCUGAAGCCCCUGGUUGAACUCCUGCUAAGCCGCCGCAGCACAAAUGUCAACGCCAAAGACGAGGACCAGUACACGGCUCUGCACUGGGCUGCUCAGAACGGAGAUGAGGCCAUCACUCGUCUGCUGCUGGACCGAGGUGCAGCCAUCAAUGAGGCAGAUGGUCAGGGUCGCACGCCUGCUCAUGUGGCCUGUCAGCACGGUCAGGAGAAUGUGAUCCGAGUGCUGCUGAGUCGUGGUGCUGACGUGCGUGUCAAGGGUAAGGACAACUGGACGGCGCUCCAUUUGGCAGCCUGGCAGGGGCAUCUGGGCAUCGUGAAGCUGCUGAUCAAGCAGGCUGGUGCUGACAUUGAUGGACAGACAACAGACGGGCGCACACCGCUACACUUAGCAUCCCAGAGGGGGCAGUACAGAGUGGCGAGAAUCCUGAUCGAACUAGGAGCAAAUAUUCACACAAUGUCCGCUGGGUCAAACACACCUCUACAUGUGGCUGCAGAGACCGGUCACACAAGCACCUCUCGCCUUCUGAUCAAACACCAGGCAGACAUCCAUGCACAAAACGUCAACGGCCUCACUCCUCUUCACCUGGCUUCCCAACGAGGACACCUCGCCACGGUUAAGAUGCUGCUAGAAGAAGGCGCAGACCCACAGAGAUCCAACCCAGCUCUUCGCACCCCUUGCCACCUGGCAGCAGAAAAUGGACACUGUGAAGUCCUGAAAGAGCUGCUCCUCCACUGCCCAGACGGUGGCGCCCUGUCAGACGAGCAGGGGCUGAGUCCGUUACACCUGGCCGUGCAGGGCGGAUACUCAAACAUCAUCACUAUGUUGCUGCCUCAGGCCUGCAAGGACUUAGUUACUGACAGCUCAGAGGCACCAGCGGAAGCUGAACAGCUGGCACAGUCGGAGACGAAGCCGCUGCAGAGAAAAGUCGUCAUCCUUAAGCUGACAGAGCACGACUCUCCACAACAGAGUGGAUCACAGUGUGCUUCAGCACCCUGCUAACAGAGACUUUGCCAGAACUGUACAGAACUUUAUUAGUGCCUUUUUAUACUCUUCUUAGGGUUAUUCUGAAACUAGGCAACUUUUUUGGACUUAAAUGCCCUUUCCUGAUAGUCGAUAAAGCUUUUGAUGUAAAUAUGUACACUGUAAAUAGAAAGUAUAAAUACUCUGUUGUGUUUGAAUUUAGACUGUUUACUUUUUUUACCUAACAAGCACAUUUUUUUACUUAACAAGCACAGCAUUAAGAUAAGGAAACCAGUGACCUGUGGGGACUUUUCAGUAGACUAAACUGCUGCUGGUUUUCUUUUUAAAUUAUAGUUGAUAGAGCACAGACUUUGGUCAUGGACAAUUCAACCAUCAGAGCCACUGCCUUUAUAAAGUUUGACCUUUAGUGUUCUGUACCUGUUACAUAUCAGUGCUUCAUCAACCAUUAAACCAUCUUAAACCAUCUUAAACCUUA